AUGCCGCCCCCGCCGCCGCCGCUGUUGCUGCUGCUCCUCGCCGCGCUGGCCGCCGCCGCCCGGCCCGGGUGCCCGCUCGCCCGGGGGACCACCGGUGACUGUCACGGGCCAUGGGCUGCAGACAGUGCCACGUGCGUGGACAUGCCACUCAGGACCUGCAGCGACGUGGCCUACAACCAGACGGCCUUCCCCACGCUGCUGGAGCACCGGUCCCGGGAGGCGGUGGAGGCCAGCUCCGAGUACAUCCUGCUGAGUGUCCUGCACCACCUCCUAGAGGGCCAGUGCAACCCGGAUCUGCGGCUGCUGGGCUGUGCCGUGCUGGCCCCCCGCUGCGAGGGUGGCCGGGUGCGCAGGCCCUGCCGGCACGUGUGUGAGGGGCUGCGGGAGGCCUGCCAGCCCGCCUUCGAUGCCAUCGACAUGGCCUGGCCCUACUUCCUGGACUGCGGCCGCUACUUUGCAAGCGUGGAGGAGGGCUGCUACGACCCCCUGGAGAAGCUGCGAGAAGGCCUGGACGUGGAGGAGGCACUGCCCUCGGGCCUCCCGCCGACCUUCAUCCACUUCACACACCACUCCUACGCACAGAUGGUGCGCGUGCUGCGGCGGACUGCGGCCCGCUGUGCCCACAUCGCCAAGACCUACAGCAUUGGCCGGAGCUUCAAUGGCAAGGAGCUGCUGGUCAUCGAGUUCUCGGCCCAGCCCGGCCAGCAUGAACUGAUGGAGCCUGAGGUGAAGCUCAUCGGCAACAUCCAUGGAAAUGAGGUGGCGGGGCGGGAGAUGCUCAUCUACCUGGCCCAGUACCUGUGCACCGAGUACCUGUUGGGCAGUGCCCGCAUCCAGCGCCUGCUCAACACCACACGCAUUCAUCUGCUGCCCUCCAUGAACCCCGACGGGUACGAGGUGGCGGCUGCUGAGGGAGCCGGCUACAAUGGGUGGACAAGCGGGAGGCAGAACGCGCAGAACUUGGAUCUGAACCGCAACUUCCCUGACCUGACGUCCGAGUACUACCGGCUGGCUGAGUCCCGCAGCGUGCGCAGUGACCACAUCCCCAUCCCGCAGCACUACUGGUGGGGUAAGGUGGCGCCUGAGACCAAAGCGAUAAUGAAGUGGAUGCGGACCACCCCGUUUGUGCUCUCAGCCAGCCUCCACGGGGGGGACCUUGUGGUGUCCUACCCCUUUGACUUCUCCAAGCACCCCCAGGAAGAAAAGAUGUUUUCUCCCACGCCCGAUGAGAAGAUGUUCAAGUUGCUGGCCCGGGCCUAUGCUGAUGUGCACCCCAUGAUGAUGGACAGGUCGGAGAACAGGUGUGGUGGCAACUUCCUGAAGAGGGGCAGCAUCAUCAAUGGGGCAGACUGGUACAGCUUCACUGGAGGCAUGUCCGACUUCAACUACCUGCACAGCAACUGCUUCGAGAUCACGGUGGAGCUGGGCUGCGUAAAGUUCCCCCCGGAGGAGGCCCUCUACACACUCUGGCAGCACAACAAGGAGCCGCUCCUGAACUUCAUGGAGACGGUGCACCGAGGCAUCAAAGGUGUGGUGAUGGACAAAUUCGGCAAGCCGGUCAAAAACGCCCGGAUUGUGGUCAAGGGCAUCCGCCAUGACAUCACCACAGCCCCAGAUGGUGACUACUGGAGACUGCUGCCUCCGGGGUCCCACAUCGUCAUAGCUCAGGCACCCGGCUACUCCAAGGUCAUCAAGAAGGUCACCAUCCCUGCCCGGAUGAAGAGGGCUGGCCGCGUGGACUUCAUUCUCCAGCCUCUGGGCACCAGACCCAAGCAGCUCCUCCUCGGGCCACGGAGAAGUGGGUCUGGACUCCGAGACCCGCCAGGAGGUGCCAGUCGGUAUGGGGAGCCCGAGGAGCCUGGCCAGGAGCCCCUCGGGGGGCGGAGGCAGCCCUCUGUGGGUGGGAGCAAGCCCUGGUGGUGGUCUUACUUCACGUCCCUGAGUGAGCACAAGCCUCGCUGGCUUCUCAAGUACUAGCUGAACCCCCACCCCAGCCCAGAGGAUCCAGGCUCUUGACUUUGUCUUCCGAAGACACCCUGUAAAGCUGUUUCUGUUUUAUUAAAGUCACUUUAUUCACUGUC